AUGGCGCAGUCCGAGCGACUCACUUUUGCAACAUUGAAUGUUCGUGGCCUUAGGUCUUUCCAGAAACAGGCUCAGCUCCGUAGGCUUUUUACAAGGAAACGACUCGAUUUUGUCGCCAUCCAGGAGACAAAGAUCGAGAGUGACGAAGACACUGAGAAGGCCCUACGGCCCUUCCUGUCCGACUAUAACGCCCAGACUUACGUUCCACAUCGCCUUUCCAUCUUUGGAAGAGCUAAAGCUUGCAAUACAUUUUUAGCCACAAAGCUAUACUAUGUAUUGCAACUUAUUCAUUGCGCUCGAUCUUACAUACAGCGCUUUCAUCGGACUUUCGCAACUUUCGUGUGGUCUUCGACGUUUGAACCAAUGAGACGGGACAACCUAUUCAGGCCUGUUAAGGAGGGAGGGCUGGGUUUAGUUCAUUUAUAUCUAUGGCAAAUUGUUUCACGGUUCUACUUUUUUCGCGACAGUUCGCAUCCCAUUAUUCGAUCAUUCUUGCAGAUUACGUUUGUUAAUGCUUUACCUGACUUGAUUGUUUCCUCAGAUUUCUCUGUACGCCCGUGUUUGUGGGGAUUUAUGCAGGAAGUUUUCAUCGCUGUACGGUUUCUCAAGGUCCGGUUUUCCAUAGAAUAUCUAUACACAGUAUCACGCAAGCGACUCUACAAGGAUUUGGUAUCCAUGCUUUUUCCACCUCCACUUUACCGCUCAUUAUAUUCUCACCUUCCAGGACAUGAUGUACUAAAACGAGUUCGGAAAAUGGAUCUUUCUCCUGAUACAAAAACCUUCUUUUACAAACUCCAUACUGAUACACUGCCGGUGAAAUCAUGGUUGCAGAGGAAAGGUAUUUUUGUUUCUUCAGUUAGCUGUCGUCUCUGCGAUGUACCAGAGACAGUAGAACACUGUUUUAUUAGCUGCAAAGAUGCCAUUCUGUUUUGGGACAUCCUUCAACGAACUGUUCAAAAAUAUUUUAACAUUAACUCGCAUACUAUACGUUACCUUCUCCCAACGUCUCUUGAUGAAGUGCCCUUUGACAUGUUUUUCCUUAUGGGACUGCACAGUCUGUGGAAAACGCGCAUGCAAGACCGUAAUGCAGAACCAACCGCUGCUUCAAGUAUGCAUUUCAUGCGUAUGGCUCUCCAUCUAAAGGACAUUUACGAAGAACUUGACAUAAGACCGGACUGGCACCCCAUCUUGAUGAGGUGUUCAUCCUUACCAGCCUCCACGUGUAAC